AUACAGCUCUCUUGUUCAUCUGCGUUUCACUGAAAAUUGACAAGUAAUCACAAUUUGCUGACGUCAUUGCCUACAUACCGUGGUUGUUCAGCACAGGUUUUACUUUCAUCUAAAAUGUCUGUCUUAAAAGACCUUGUAGCCGGAGAUUGUGGAACGUCAAAUGCAUUAGUUCAUGCAAGUCAACAUUUUAAACAUGAUCAGGCAUUCCAACAUGAAGGUUUGAGAAGGCCAGAUUUUCGUUCGGAUGAACAAGGUUUCGUGGAUGAGUUUUUGUCCGAACAACAUUCUCGUCGACAUGUUCAACCAAGGACCUUCAAUAUGGAUGCACUGUUGCAUGAAAUGCAGCGUUUACAGCAACCAACCAUACACCCCCACUCUGGUAUACCAGAUGUUCGAUCACAAGAAUGGAGUAAUGAGUUUACGAGAACGCUUCAUCAACCUGCUACUGUGAAACAUAAAGAUGAAGAUGCAGCUUGGGCCCACGAAUUUUUGCAACACUCUAAUGUUCCACUUCAUGAACAAUUUACAAACGAGUUUGUAGAGCAAUCUCGUGUUCACGAACUUGAGCAAUCGUGGAUCAAAGAGUUGGAUGAAACAGAGCAAAGAUCUUCAUCUGAAUUAAAAGAAGCUGCAGCAAACAUGGUCAAGUCGGCAGCUUAUGAUCCAAAAUUAUCUUCCACUAAUUUUAUGAAGUUUGUUGCUGACAUAUCUAAGGGGGGUGACGGUGAGACGUGGGCCAACGAGUUUAUGCAAAACAGUGAGGUUUCACCAUCUAAGUUAUCAGAAAUGUGGUCGAGUGAAUUCUUGCAGCAGGAUCGCAAGUUAAACGCUGAUGUUUGGACGGACGAGUUUGUUGAACAAUCUGCAACAACCGUUGUGGAUGACGAUAAUGAUUUUCUUGAUCAUUGGAAUGAUGAACUGCAGCAUGGGAAUGAUGAUUGGUUGCAAGAAUUUGAAACAGCCAACACACAGGUUAAAGAGUAUGAUUUUAAAGAAGAAAAUCCAUUCAAAGAUCUGAAGAAUUGUUUUGAGGAAGGUUUGAAGAGGUUGAGACUCGGUGAUCUUCCAAACGCUGUUCUUCUGUUUGAAGCCGCAGUUCAAAGUGAACCGGAUCAUAUUGAGGCAUGGCAACAUCUCGGAACCACACAAGCACAAAAUGAACAGGAAGGUGCAGCAAUAAGUGCUUUGCACAGAUGUCUAACAUUGGAACCUGAGAACCUUCCUGCAUUGAUGGCGCUUGCUGUGAGUGAAACAAAUGAAUCCAUGCAAGCUCAAGCAUGCCAGACACUUAAGAAGUGGAUUUAUGCUCAUCCUAAAUAUAAAGACUUAAAAAGCAAUCCACGUGAACAUAAUAUUGAACAAGUUGAAUCAGGUGUUCAUCAUUGGACUGGUAGUGUGGCAAACAGUGAUCUGUUCCAUGACGUGCAAGACUUAUACAUACAAGCUGCCAGGUUGUCACCCACCAACCCUGAUCCCGAUGUGCAGUGUGGACUUGGUGUUUUGUUCAAUAUAUCGAAUGGAUACGAUAAAGCUAUUGAUUGCUUUCAAGCAGCAUUAGCUGUAAGACCCGACGAUCCAUUAUUAUGGAACAAACUUGGUGCUACGCUUGCGAAUGGAAACAAAUCUGAACAAGCAGUGCAAGCUUAUAGAAGAGCUCUUGAAUUAAAUCCUGGAUUCAUCAGAUCAAGAUACAACCUGGGCAUCAGUUGUAUUAACCUUGGUGCACAUAAGGAAGCAGUUGAACAUUUCCUCACAGCAUUAAACGUUCAACAAAGUGGUCGUGGACCAAAGGGUGAAGUAGGUCGUAUGUCUGAUAACAUUUGGUCAACCCUUCGUAUGGCUGUUUCAUUCAUGCGUGAUGAUCAAUCAUAUGAGCUCGCGAAUAAUCGUGAUCUGGACGCUCUCUCACGAAAAUUUGGAAUUGAUCGAAACGUGCAAACAUCAAGUCCUGAACCGACAACCUGAUCGGAAUUUCAACUAAUUGAUCUUUUUUCUUUCCUAUUCUUCUAAUUACUUCAAUUUUGUAAUUGCAUUCUAUUCUUUAUCGUAAAGACUUCUAUCUUAAUAAAAAUUGAAACAUUUAAAAA